UAAGAACCGUCAACAGUGUGUAUCGGUAAACGAACCAGCAAACGCCAGACCCCCAAAAAAAAAAAAAAAAAAAAAAAAAAAAAAAAAAACAAAGAAGACGACAGCCAGAGGCAGGGCUCCUUCCUUCCUGCAACGACUUGGGAAUUAUUUUUAUUUCAUUUACACCCUCACUCUCUCUCUCUAUAUCUCUCUCUCUCCGUCUGCAAAACCCUAGGAGUCAAAGAAAAUCAAUGCGCAUGGGGUCCGAUUAGGGUUUUUUGGGGCGAGAGAUGCAUCCGAAGCAGCAGAGAGCGUCGGAUGGCGGGGGAGACUCGACGAAUGUUCGGCCGCUGAGGAGCAGCGACAGAGUCCGGCGGAGGCCGAAGAUGUACGGAAGGGCCUCUUACUUCUACUACACAAGUCCCGCCAUGCGCAAGCGCAAGACCAUCAAGAAGAAGACCAGGAGCAGGACCGCCGCUUCUCGCAUCGCGCAGUUCCUCUCUCCCUCCAAUCGCCGCCCUCCCGCCACGGCCACCCCGACCACCACCAAAAACAACGCAGAUGUAAGUAACCUUCGACGCUCUACCAGAAAGCGAAAGGUUGUAACUCAUGAUGAUUAUACGGACAGUUCUGGUUAUGAGGAUGAAGACUUAAUGAGACCUUCAUAUCGAUCUUCGAGGAACCGGAUGGAUAACAAUGUGAGCAGGGUUGAAUUGUUAUCUCCCAAGAAUAAAAAGGUCGUGGAAAAUAAAUCAACACCUCGGCGCGAAGGGUUACGCCCUCGCCGUUCAAAGGGAGUUCCAAGGGAACAGUCAAAUAUGGAAUUGGAUGAUGGGCAAGGUACUUCAGAAGAGAAAAUUGGUGAAGAUGAGACUGAAAAUGGGAAUGAUAUCGAAGAGAUUGAUGCAGAUGAUGAUCAAAAUGAGGGUGAAGGUGUGGGCGAAGAUGAGGAUGAGGGUGAGGGUGAUGGAGAUGAUGAUGGAGAGGAAGAUGGUGAUGAUGAAGACGGAGAAGAAGAGGAGGAAGAAGAAGAAGAAGAACAAGAUGGAAGGAGGAGAUAUGAUCUCAGGAAUCGUGCAGAGGUACGUAGGAUGUCUAUGGAAGUAGGAAAGCCAAGACCUAGAUCCCCUCGAAGGGUAUUACAUCAAGGGAUGGGGACUAAAGUCAACACGGAUGUUAGGAAGAGCGGCUCACGAGUUCAUAAGCGCCAUCGUAUUGCGAGGGCUGACGAUUCUGAUGACUCCCUUCUUGUGGAUGAGUUGGAUCAGGGCCCUGCAAUUCCGUGGGGCCGUGGUGGGAGGUCCGGACCACCUUGGCUUUUUGGGGGACUUGACAUGCAUGGGACAACAACAUGGGGGCUGAAUGUUGCUGCAUCAGGUUGGGGUCAUCAGGGCGAUGCUUUAGCAAACUUGACUUCUGGGAUUCAAACUGCAGGGCCAAGCUCAAAGGGUGGGGCAGAUAUUCAACCUUUGCAGGUUGAUGAGAGUGUGAGUUUCGAUGACAUAGGUGGGCUUUCCGAAUAUAUUGAUGCUUUGAAAGAAAUGGUCUUCUUUCCCCUACUAUAUCCCGAUUUCUUUGCAAGUUAUCAUAUCACUCCACCGAGAGGGGUGUUGUUAUGCGGACCCCCUGGCACCGGUAAAACGUUGAUUGCCAGAGCAUUAGCCUGUGCAGCAUCAAAGGCUGGGCAAAAGGUAAGUUUUUACAUGCGUAAGGGUGCUGAUGUCUUGAGUAAAUGGGUGGGUGAAGCUGAGAGACAAUUGAAGCUGCUUUUCGAAGAAGCCCAGAGGAACCAACCUUCCAUUAUCUUCUUUGAUGAGAUAGAUGGGCUUGCACCUGUGAGAUCAAGCAAACAAGAACAAAUUCACAAUUCUAUUGUGUCUACUUUGCUUGCUUUGAUGGACGGUCUUGAUUCUCGUGGGCAAGUAGUUUUAAUUGGAGCAACCAACCGAAUUGAUGCCAUUGAUGGGGCCUUGCGUCGCCCUGGUCGCUUUGAUCGCGAGUUCAACUUUCCUCUGCCCGGUUGUGAGGCACGAGCUGAAAUAUUAGAUAUACAUACUCGAAAAUGGAAGCAUCCUCCUUCAAAGGAGUUGAAAUCGGAGCUUGCAGCUAGCUGUGUUGGAUAUUGUGGUGCUGAUUUGAAGGCUCUUUGCACUGAAGCUGCAAUCCGUGCUUUCCGUGAAAAGUAUCCUCAGGUUUACACGAGCGAUGACACAUUUCUAAUCGAUGUUGAUUCAGUAAGGGUUGAGAAGUAUCACUUUGUUGAAGCCAUGUCAACGAUUACUCCUGCUGCUCAUAGAGGCACUAUCGUGCAAUCUAGGCCAUUGUCUUUAGUAGUUCAGCCAUGUCUGCAAAGGCAUCUGCGUAAAGCAAUGGAUUUUAUAGCAGAUAUUUUUCCUCCCCUUUCAGUGUAUUCAGAAUUGACCAAGUUGUCUCUGCUUUCCUAUGGUUCAGCAAUUCCUCUAGUGUACAGGCCUCGCCUACUUUUGUGUGGCAGUGAGGGUUCUGGCCUGGAUCAUCUUGGGCCUGCAAUUUUGCACGAGCUAGAGAAGUUCCCUGUUCAUUCUCUAGGACUUUCAUCUCUGCUCUCCGAUCCUAGUGCAAAGACAGCUGAGGAAGCUUUGGUACAUAUAUUAGGUGAAGCAAGAAGAACAACGCCAUCUAUCCUUUAUUUGCCUCAGUUCCAUAUUUGGUGGGAGAAUGCACAUGAGCAGUUGAGGGCUGUUCUACUGACGUUGUUAGAAGAAUUGCCAUCUGACUUACCCAUAUUAUUACUUGGUACAGCCUCCGUGCCACUUGCUGAAGUUGAUUCAGACGCUGCUUCAAUAUUUUGCAACCGUUCUGUCUACCAGGUGGGUGAACUAACCACUGAAGACAGAACGUUGUUUUUCAAUCAUUUAAUUGAAGCUGCUUUGUCAGUCUUGUUGGAGGGAAUGACAAAGAAAUCCCAGGAAUCAGCAUCUGUUCCUGAACUUCCGAAGGCUCCAAAAGUAGCAAGUGGUCCAAAAAUCUCCGAGUUAAAAGCCAGGGUAGAAGCUGAGCAGCAUGCCCUUCGUCGAUUGCGGAUGUGCCUUAGAGAUGUUUGCAACCGUAUUUUAUAUGAUAAACGUUUUACUGUCUUCCACUAUCCUGUUUCGGAUGAAGAUGCCCCAAACUAUCGCACAAUCAUCCAGAACCCGAUGGACAUAGCUACACUUUUGCAGCGAGUUGAUUCUGGGCAGUAUAUUACAUCUUCAGCAUUCCUGCAAGAUUUCGAGCUCAUUGUAUCCAAUGCGAAGAUUUAUAACGGAGAUGACUACAAUGGUGCUAGGAUCGUUAGUAGGGCUUAUGAGCUGCGAGAUGCAGUACAUGGGAUGCUAUCACAGAUGGAUCCUGCUCUGGUUGCAUACUGCGAUAAGAUAGUGACCCAAGGUGGUCCUAUGCACAUGCCAGAAGAAUUAGGGGGAUCUACUUUCCCAUUGACCCCUGUCAUGCAGCUAGGAACGGUCACUAGAGUAAGUGCUCGACUUAGAAAUGUCCAGCCGGAGGUAAAUCCGGAUCAAAGUUAUGGGGCACUGAAACGGCCGAAAAAGAAUGUUGAUGCUGCACAUGCUGCUUCAGAAGAGAAGUCGCGGCUACACGACCCGUCAAAGCCAUCUGAGGAUUCAGAAGCGAAUGAAGCAAAUCCCGAGAGGCCUGGAACAUCUGCUGCUGAUUUCAACGAGCAAGAAGCGUCAGCUCCGGAAGUUGAAGUUCCUGAUCACAGCGAUGGAAGUGGAGACUGCGAUGUUACAACGCCAGAUAGCGAAACUAUAAAUCAAGUGGAGUCUGUCAAGCUGCGUUUUGUGGACCGAUCAGAAAACUUUAACAUUCCACAGCUUGAGAGGCUUUACACCCGAAUUAUGAAGGGCAUUUUUGAAAUCAAAGACACAGAAAGUAGAGAUGAUCCCAAGGCUUCAAUCUUGAGAUUUUUGGUCAAAUUCGUGGAGGAUGACUCAAAUUUCUAGGGGUUCCCUUUUUUUUUUUUUUUUUUUUUUUCAACUCUUAUUUUUCCUCCUUUCCUUGCUCUUCCCAGAGAGGGAAAAAAGAAAGAAAAAAAAAAAAUCCACCAGGUAGAGAAUGUAAAUCCGGGAUCUUUUUCAUUCUACUAAUUGAGUGAUAGUUUCUUUAG